AUGACUUCCGAUCGAGUGAUUGUCGGCGAUCUGCGCUCGUCGUCCACGGGGACUCUCCAACCCAGUCACACACAUCACCAGCAGCACCUUGGCGAGUCGCUUGAGCAUCAGCAGGAGCAGCAGCAGCAGCAUCGGCAACAGCAGCAACUCAGCGAGCUCGCAGCCACUGCUCGGGCUGGGCACGUCGAUCACCUCGUCCGCUGCGACCACCAGGUCGGCGGCCACAAGCCCGAGGAAGGCAAAGGGAAGCCGCUGUUCCAGCAGGGGGCGUUCGUCUUCAAGCCGCUGCCGGUGGGCGAUCCGCGGUCGUUCCACGAGCUCUUGUUCUACGAGCGCAUCUUUGACCUGAAGACGCCGUCGACGCCAGGCACUGCGGCCAUUGCGCACGAGAUGCCGCUGCCACGCAGCGAAGACGUUCAAGAGUUGCGCUUGCUCGUGCCCAAGUUUGCCGGCGUUGUGCUGGCCGACGACGACUCUGUGGAGGACCUCACAAAGGGGAACAACAGCUACCUCAAGAUGGAAGAUACGUCCGCGUCCUUCCGGAAGCCGUGCAUUGCGGACAUCAAGAUGGGCAUUCAAACAUGGGGAGAGAAUGCGUCAGAGUCAAAAAUCGCCAAGGAACGCGAAAAGUACCCGCCACAGCAAACACUCGGAUUUCGAGUGGUGGGCAUGAAGGUGUACAAUGCCACCACAGACGUCUUCCAGCCCUAUGGCCGAAAGUUUGGCCUGGGCUUGGACGAGAGCACCGUGGCCCAGGGCUGCCGAACCUAUCUCAGCACGGACGGCGGUGCGUCCAUCCAACGGGAGGUGCUUCAACUCAUUCUUGUCAAGCUUCGCGCCAUUCUAUCCUGGUUUGAGCGCCAGCGGUCGUUCCGAUUCUAUGGAAGUUCGCUGCUGCUGACCUACGAGGGUGCCGCACAGGCCGGAGCACCACCCGCAGUUGACGUGCGAAUGAUUGAUUUCGCCCACGUCUUUCCAAUCGUUGCGUCCGACAAUGGCAGCCUCGGCCGUGAUGAUGGGUAUAUCCAUGGCCUCACUACCCUAAUUCGAGUAUUAGAGCAGCUUUAA